CAAAUUCUAAUUAGUAAUUUCUCCGAGGGUCUAUCCACAAAAACCCUAUCCCCAAAGUCCCCAGCUCCAGCACCCGCGAACCACUCGAAGAAGAUUCAGCUGCUCCCUCCACGCUCCGACCGACCAUGGCGCGCGCCGCCGUCUCCACCGCGCCGCUCUCCCGCCUCCACUCCCCGACGCCUUCCGUCCCGUGCCACUCUCUGUCCUCGCAGCUCCGCAUUCACCAGCAGCGCAGGCCGCUCACCGUCGCCUCGGCGCUGCCGGAGGUCGCGGACCUGCCCGGGCUCUCCCUGCCCGCCGCGGCGGCCGCGGCAGCCGCGCUCGCGGCGGCGGUGUCCCUCUCCGAUCCGGAGCGCCGGCGCAAGGCGCAGGCGGAGGCGGUGGGCGGCGGGGACAAGGAGGCGGUGCGCGCCUACUUCAACUCCACGGGCUUCGAGCGGUGGCGCCGGAUCUACGACCCGGCCACGGACGACGUGAACCGCGUGCAGCUGGACAUCCGCGAGGGCCACGCGCAGACGGUGGCCGCCACUCUUGCCAUGCUGCGGGACGCCCCCGACGUGCCCCUCGCCGGCGCCACGGUGUGCGACGCCGGGUGCGGGACCGGGUCGCUGUCCAUCCCGCUGGCCUCCGCGGGGGCCUCCGUGCUGGCCUCCGACAUCUCCGCCGCCAUGGUCUCGGAGGCGCAGCGGCAGGCCGCUCUCGCCGCCGGGUCAUCGCCGGGGUUCCGCAUGCCGCGGUUCGAGGUGCGGGACCUGGAGAGCCUGGAGGGGCGGUACGACGUGGUGGUGUGCCUGGACGUGCUCAUCCACUACCCGCGGGAGGAGGCGCAGAAGAUGAUCCGCCACCUCGCCUCCCUCGCCGAGAAGCGGCUCGUCAUCAGCUUCGCGCCCAAGACGCUCUACUUCGACGUGCUGAAGCGCGUCGGCGAGCUGUUCCCCGGCCCGUCCAAGGCCACGCGCGCCUACCUCCACUCGGAGAAGGACAUCGAGGAGGCGCUCCGCGCCGCCGGCUGGCGCGUCAAGAACAAGGGCUUCAUCUCCACCCAGUUCUACUUCGCCAAGCUCUACGAGGCCGUCCCCGUCGCCGCCGGCUCGUCGUAGCAAAUGUGUCCAUCAUAGACCGGGAUUUGUAUUCUUGUAGAGUGUAGCUAAUACAUGUAUCUGUAAACUCUAAUCUCUCGGUGGUUCAAGCAUGAUUCGUUGUUGUCA